CUUAGUGGAUUAGUCACUACCUAUAGCUACAUAGCCUGAUCUCAUCAUAUUCUUGCAAUACCGAAACUCGUCGAACUAUGUCGUUCACCUCCCCAGACGCCCUCCCCUCGGCGCCCAACCCGGCCAUGGCUUCCGCAGACGUUUCGAUGUUCACCAACAUGGACCCGGAGACUAGGGACGAUUCGGAGGAUCCUUGGAGGUUCGAAUCAUUAACAGGCUCGUUCCUCUUCAACGAACCCACCGCCGAACUAUCUUCCCCCCUCACGGUUCACGGAUUCGGGAGCAAGUUUGGGUUACUGGACGAUGGAGAGGAGGCUUGGGAGGGGGUCAAGAGGAGGGUCAGCGAGCUACAAGCCUCAGCCCCGCCUAACGUCAAGUACAAGCUCUUGUUCUGCGGCCGACAUGCUCAGGGAUGGCAUAACGUCGCUAGCGAGAAAUACCCCCAGGCGUUGUGGGACGGUGAUUACGCCAAACGAACGACUGACGGAGAGAUCGUCUGGGGUCCGGAUGCCGAGUUGACGCCGUUGGGCCAGCAACAAGCGAUUACCCUUCACGAAGCUUGGAAAUCCAACCUCGCCGCUGGAUGCCCCAAGCCGGAGAAAUGGCUGUGUUCCCCCUUUACCCGGACGGCGGAUACGAUGAGGUUGAGCUUUGGAGAGGUGUUGAAGGGUGAAAAGCCCGUUUUCGUAGAGGGCCUAAGAGAGAUCUUUGGAGAACAGACGUGUGAUCAGAGGAGAUCCAAGUCCUACUUGGCCGAACGAUUCCCCGACUACGAGUUCGAAGCCGGGUUCGCGGAGGAAGAUCCGCUUUGGAAACCCGAUGAGCGCGAGCUUGAGGUCAAUCGACGGGUUCGGGUCAGGGAACAAUUGUACCGCAUCUUCGACGAGUGCGACGAGACGUACAUCUCGAUCACCUCGCACGCUUGUUCGACCUUGUCCCUGUGUGCCGUCUUGAGGCAUCGGAUUUUCAAGCUGGGGACGUCGGGCAUGAUCCCGAUCAUCGUCAAGGCGACCCGUAAUACCGGCGCGGCUGCUUGAUCCUAGGAGACAUUCGAGGGUCACAGGAUUGCCAGCGCCAUUACAGUACAGAGAGAAAAAUCAUUUCAGCAGGAUACCUGUAGAUGCGACGUGUGUGUAGAUGAGUGUUAUUUUUGGGUGCAUCUCAGAAGGCAAUAUGGCAUGGCAUGGGUUCUGGCC